AUGAGUUCCAACACUACGUUGGACACUACCCCUCAUAAUGAACCACCCGUUUGGUUCGACACCCUUCGUGCCUCCUUGCUCUUCGUUUCUGUCUUCCUCAUCAUCACCGGGAACGUCUUGUGUAUCUUCGUGGUGAGGCGGUCCACCAAGAUGCGUAAAGUCAGCCGCAUCUUCAUCCUGUCUCUCGCCGUAGCGGACCUGUGCGGGGGUGUCUUCUCCGGGGUGCCACUCCUCGCCACGGAGGCGACGGCACACUGGAUCCCGGACAUCAUCUUGGGGAUCUUCUGCAAAGUGUCCUGCAUUGCGUCCAUUGUGUUCAACGGUGCCUCGUUCUUGUCACUCUUGACCGUGACUCUGGACUGCUACGUCGCGGUGGAGAAACCCCUACGGUACCCGUCCCUUUUGACAGCUAGGAGAGCGUACGCGAUAACCUUAUUCAUCUGGCUCGUGAUGUCAUGUAUUGCAAUACUGUAUACUGUUGGCUUUGGAGCGGUGUCCCACCUGAAAAAAGAGUGGCACUGGUGUGUGUUGGAUGUAAACUUUCUCAGGAGUUACUCUUAUAUCAUGUUAUUGGUAGCUUAUUGUGGUAUGACGAUAGUGGUUCCACUCGUCCUUUCUAUGGCUCUUUACGGCAGGAUUAGGGUGAUAAUACGCCGCCAUAAUGUGACCCAUCUCGCCCGUGCUGCCCAAACUGGCUACUCGGCCCAUCAUCAACAACGACCAGAAGGCGCCAAAUCCUUGACCACAUUUCUCAUUGUAUGCUGCGGUGGUGCCAUGAGUUCCCUGCCUCUUGUUAUCAUCAUGUCGUACUCACACUGGACUGGGAACUACUCUAUGUAUACGAUCAGUACCGCCAUGGUACUACAUACAUGUAACAAUUUAUUGAAUGUACUCGUUCACGUCAGACGGAAUAAAGAGUUCCGGACCACGGCUAGUCGCCUUCGGUGUAGAUGUAGGAACCGUCAAGAUGGGCCAAGAGGUACGGUUCCAAACUCGUUCCUUCUCACUAGCACCUCUGAUCCAGUCGCAAAAGAAAACAGUGAGAGAAUCAUAACAUGUAAAGCAAGGCGUUAG